CUGUAGCAGGAGGAGGGGAGCUCAAACACAGCUGUACUUGUUCAAUCAUACACUCCUGUCACCCUGUCCGGGGAACACCGCGAGGGCACCAUCACAGUCAGCCCGUUCUUGAGGGACUAAUCAACACGUCUUUUUCAGUCUAAUCUCCAGCAGAAAUGACUUCAUCCAGGUGAUCUGCGAGAAAUGCUUUAUUGCUGACCUCGGGGCGUUUCGGACUCUCCGCUCGCUGACCAGUAGCAGAACUUUAUAAACUCCACACACAGUCUCUGAGGACUUUCACUGAGGCGACGAUGGAGCGGCGUCGGGGUUUUUACGCGUUCAUUUUGAUGCUGGUGGCUUGUGUUUAUUAUACCUCGGGCAUGGAGAGAAAUAAGGAUAUUCCAACAGAAAAACUGCUUGUACUUACUGUUGCAACACAGGAGACGGAUGGCUUUCUCCGCUUCAUGCAGUCAGCAAACUACUUCAACUUCAAUGUGAAGGUGCUUGGGAUGGGAGAAGAGUGGAAGGGAGGUGACGUGGGUCGCUCCAUUGGUGGAGGCCAGAAGGUUCGACUGCUGAAGGAAGCCAUGGAGUCUCUGGAUCAACAAGAAGACUUGGUGGUCUUGUUUGUGGAUAGUUAUGACCUCAUCUUUGCUGGUGGAGCUGAGGAGAUUCUCAAAAAGUUCCAACAGAGCAAUCAUAAGGUGGUGUUUGCUGCGGAGGGAAUCAUCUGGCCAGAUUCUCAACUGGCAGAGAAAUAUCCGUCUGUACGCAGUGGGAAACGCUUUCUCAACUCUGGAGGGAUUAUUGGGUAUGCCCCAUACGUACAGAAGCUUGUCAGCCAGUGGGACCUUCAUGAUAACGACGACGAUCAGCUGUUCUACACGAAGAUCUACGUGGAUCCGAAUCAGAGGGAAAAGCUUAAUAUGACCUUGGACCACAAGUGUGAGAUUUUCCAAAAUUUGAAUGGAGCUCUGGAUGAAGUUCUCCUGAAGUUUGGGACGGAGAGAGUACGAGUGAGGAACACCAUCUACAAUAGUCUGCCAUCGGUUAUCCAUGGAAAUGUGAACACCAAGGUAUACUUUAACUACCUGGCCAACUACAUUCCCAAUGCAUGGAACUAUGAGCGCGGCUGCACCAUCUGUGACCAAGACAUGGUGGAUUUGUCUCAGCUUAAAGAAUUUCCACAAGUGACUGUUGGCGUAUACAUCGAGCAGCCGACUCCAUUCCUGCCAGAGUUUCUCGAGCGGCUCCUGAGUCUGGAUUACCCCAAAGACAAAUUGAAUAUUUUUAUUCAUAACAGCGAGGUUUACCAUGAGAAGCACAUACAGAAGUUCUGGGAAGAGAACAAGGAUGUGUUCGGCGGUUUUAAAGCCGUUGGCCCUGAGGAGAACUUAACUCAAGGAGAAGCAAGGAACAUGGGCAUGGAUGUGUGCCGGAGAGAUCCUUCUUGUGAUUAUUACUUCAACAUUGACGCGGAUGUGAUGCUCACUAACCGACAGACUCUGAAACUCCUCAUCGAGCAAAACAGAAAAAUAAUUGCCCCCCUUGUCACCCGACAUGGAAAACUGUGGUCCAACUUCUGGGGAGCUCUGAGUCUGGAUGGUUAUUAUGCCAGAUCUGAGGACUACAUUGACAUCGUGCAAGGAAAGCGUGUCGGAGUGUGGAACAUUCCAUUCCUGGCCCACAUCUACCUCAUAAAGGGUCAGACUCUGAGAAAUGAGCUCAAAGAGAGGAAUGUCUUUGUCUUGGAGAAACUGGACCCUGAUAUGGCCAUGUGCAGGAAUGCCAGAGACUUGACAGUACAUAGAGAAAGAGAAUCUCCUUCUCCGGAAUCAUUCCAUAUGCUCAGAUCCCCAAAGGGACUUUUCAUGUAUCUUACAAAUCGGCAUGAGUUCGGAAGGCUUAUUUCCACUGCCAACUACAACACUUCUCAUUAUAACAAUGAUCUCUGGCAAAUUUUCGAAAAUCCUCUGGACUGGAGAGAGAAAUACAUCCAUGCCAAUUACACACGGAUUUUCACUGAAAACCUUUUGGAGCAGCCAUGCCCAGAUGUUUUCUGGUUCCCUGUGCUCUCAGAGAAAGCCUGCAAUGAGCUGGUGGAGGAGAUGGAAAACCACGGGACAUGGUCUGGUGGAAAACACGAGGAUAAGCGUAUCACCGGAGGCUACGAGAGCGUCCCGACAGAUGACAUUCAUAUGAAGCAGAUCAAUUACGAUCAGGAAUGGCUGCACUUUAUCAGAGAAUUUAUCUCCCCUGUCACUCUCAAGGUUUUCUCUGGCUAUUACACCAAGGGCUAUGCGAUUAUGAACUUCGUGGUGAAGUACACUCCAGACAGACAAGCCUAUCUACGACCACAUCACGACUCCUCAACGUUCACCAUUAACAUCGCUCUCAACAACAAAGGCUUAGAUUUCCUGGGCGGAGGUUGUCGGUUUCACAGAUAUAACUGCUCCAUAGAGUCUCCUAGAAAAGGCUGGAGCUUCAUGCAUCCAGGUCGACUCACUCACCUUCACGAAGGACUGCCUGUGACCAAUGGCACGCGCUACAUAGCAGUGUCUUUUGUAGAUCCCUAAACUCCCUCAUCCUAGGAAUCUUUGAGAUGUUUGUCGAUAUUUUGUUGUUGUUGGUUUUUACUGAUUUAUUCCUGGCUUACUUGUCAUGUGGCUGUUUUAUUUGCUGUUUUUUGAAACGUUUACUACUGUCAAGAGAGAAAAUGCUGUUCAACACAAUCGUAAUACAUAUCAACACACACACAAACACAGAUGAGCAUUCGCUCCAGCAGAUUUUCAUAGAUCUUGAUUUGUUACAACAAAUUACGUGAGAUUUACCACAAUUUUUAUACUUCGACUCUGGCCAAAUGUCCUUCUUGAAAGUUUCUAUUUGCUAAAUUGGAAAUGCUUAAUUUCCAAAAGAAGUGCACUCAAAUGACUUUCAUUACAAUGUGAAUGCGUGUCACAAUUUUCUUUUUUUUAACCCCCACAUACCAGCAAAUUAUUUCUGGCUCAAUUUAAAGCGAAUUAUGUUGUUGCUUUAUUUUUUGGGUAUUUUAAUAAGUUCCAUUCCAGUGCAGAUGCAAAUAUCAUGCAAUAUUUGACACCUUCAGAAACCACAGUAUUAUGUUCUACCUAAUUUACUUCACAUUCAGAGUCUAAAAAUAAAUUCUACCAUCAACUUUUGGAGUUGAUUCUUAAAGUGAAAUAAGAAAGUCUUUGAUACACAAAACUCAGUAACACCUUACAAUAACAGUACAUGGAUAACGAUGUAUUAAUAUGUAAACUAAUUAAAGUAAAAAUAACGGUUAAAAUAAAUAACGACUACCUUAGUUACUUGUAAGUACAUGUUGUUAAUUAAUAUAUUCAUCAACAUUUAAGUUUAAGCUUAAUGUAACAACAUGAACUGAUGAGCUGUUAAUGUAUAAUUAUAUCAUGACAUUACUUGAAGGGGCACAUCACCAUUAACUCAUCCUUACCUAUUCAUGAACUCCUGUGUUUAAACUGUUCAUGCUGAUGUUGACAGAACACUUUUCUAUUGUUAUUCAGUGUAAAUGUACUAGUUGGACGUGCAUAAGGAGUUCAUGAAUAGCUAAGAAUGGGUUAAUGAUGAUGUGCACCUCCAAGUAAAGUCAUAAUAUAAUUAUAUAUUAACAUGUCAUGAGUCCAUGGUGGUUAAAUGAACAAGUAAUUAAGGUAGCCGUUAUUCACACAUGAACUCAUGUGACUCAUAUUGUAGUUAAAGUUCAUGAUUAGCAUAAUAAGUUCUAAUGAAGUAAUGUUUAAUUUACAUAUUAACAUAUCGUUAUUCAUGUACUGCUAUUGUAAAGCGUAACCCAAAACCCAUUGUACACAAUAACAACACUAUGGCUCAUAUAUCCAAUCCAAACUGACUUGAAGGAAGCAAUGAUUAUAUUCUCGGUUUCUUACCAUCAUUAAAAUAUACAAGAAAUAGAAGACUAGGAAUAUAAUUAAAUGAAGAAAAAAUUAAUUAUGUUUUGAUUUUUUUAAUUGGCAAUUGGUAAGAAUGAAGGUGAGCUCCAAGUACUGUAAAAUAAUCAUUAUUAUUAUUUAUUUAUUUUUACAUAUAAACACGAUUUAAAUAGUUCUUCCAAGUAGCAGUUGGCCGUGUUUUCAAAAGACACGAAGGUUAUUACUGGAGAAACAUGAUUAUGAAACUAUGAAUAUGCUGUCAUGGUGGAUUUUUAUUGAAUUUUUUGGACAGGUUUGCUGAUGGUGAGUUUUUUACUGUAACAUUCAAGGUAAAAUGUGCCUUCUGAACUGAAAUCUCUUGUUCCUUCUUAAGUGUGUCAGCCAGGUCAAUCCCUUAACUUAUUUAUGAAGUUGUUGAAAUAAAGAAUGUUUUUAAAAAGAUAA